AUGGCUAUGAAAGGAGAAAAAUUAAGUGAAGAUGAAAUUGCUCUAUACGAUAGACAAAUUCGUCUAUGGGGAAUGGCAGCACAAGCCAAUAUGAGAUCAGCGAAAGUGCUGCUAAUCAAUCUUGGAGCAAUUGGCUCUGAAAUCACUAAGAGUAUCGUUCUUAGUGGUAUAGGGCAUUUAACAAUAUUGGAUGGACACAAGGUGACCGAAGAAGAUUUGGGUUCUCAAUUCUUCAUUGGCUCCGAAGAUGUCGGCCAAUGGAAGAUUGAUGUCACAAAAGAAAGAAUUCAAGACUUGAACCCCCGUGUGGAGUUAAACUUUGAUAAGCAGGCCUUGCAAGAAAAAGAUAAAGGAUUCUUUCAGCAGUUUGAUUUAGUCGUUGCUACAGAAAUGAAGGCUGAUGAAGCAAUUAAAAUUAACAAAUUAACUCGAAAAUUAAACAUUCCAUUAUAUGUUGCUGGUUCUAAUGGAUUAUUUGCGUAUAUUUUUGUCGAUUUGAUUGAAUUUAUUUCAGAGGACGAAAAAUUGCAAAGUGUGAGACCUACUAUUGCCGGUCCCAUUUCAAACAAUAGAAGUAUCAUAGAAGUUACCACUAGAAAAGAUGAAGAAGAUGAAAAAAAAACGUAUGAACGGAUCAAGACCAAGAACAGCUAUAGGCCAUUGGACGAGGUCUUAAGCACAGCAACAUUAAAGGAAAAAAUGACGCAAAGACAAUUAAAACGAGUCACCAGUAUCUUGCCGUUAACCCUGUCAUUAUUACAGCAUGAGCUCAAUCAAAAGAGCAAGACUAUAAGCUUUGAACAAAUGAAAACAGAUGCAGCUGUAUGGUGCGAACAUCUGGGUGUUCCAGCGACAGUGAUAAACGACGAAUACACUCAACAGUUUAUCAAACAAAAAGGAAUUGAAUUUGCUCCUGUUGCGGCUAUUAUAGGGGGCGCUGUUGCGCAGGAUGUCAUUAACAUCCUGGGUAAAAGGCUAUCUCCAUUGAAUAAUUUCAUUGUUUUUGAUGGUAUUACUUUAGACAUGCCACUUUUUGAAUUCUAA